GCUAAAAUAGUUUAUCACUUUGGUUCGCUGACUUUGGCAUUUUGUCGUUUCCGUCUGUCAGUUUUGGCGUCUGGCAGUUUGUGUUGUCGGCAAACGUAGUUUGUAGAAUUUCUUUGUUUAGAAGUUUGUGUUUCACAAUUUUUUUACCGUGUAGAUCAAGAAUUUCCACAAACAAUGUCGAGCGAAAGUGUAAAAACGUUUGCGAGUCUCGAAACGCCAGGAUACGUGGGUUUCGCCAAUUUGCCGAAUCAGGUACAUCGAAAGUCUGUAAAGAAAGGAUUUGAAUUUACGCUUAUGGUAGUUGGAGAAUCUGGCCUUGGAAAGUCGACUUUAGUUAACAGUUUAUUUCUCACCGAUCUCUAUCCUGAAAGAAUUAUUCCUGAUGCCGUUGAAAAGACGAAUCAAACUGUAAAGCUAGAUGCUUCAACCGUGGAAAUUGAAGAAAGGGGUGUUAAGCUUCGUUUGACUGUUGUCGAUACUCCUGGCUAUGGAGAUGCUAUCGACAAUACCGACAGUUUUCGAGCAAUUAUUCAAUACAUUGAUGAUCAGUUUGAGAGAUUUCUUAGAGACGAAAGCGGCCUGAAUAGGAGAAACAUCGUCGAUAACAGAAUACACUGUUGUUUCUAUUUCAUCUCUCCCUUUGGCCAUGGAUUGAAGCCAUUGGACAUCGAAUUUAUGAAGCAGUUGCACAACAAGGUCAAUAUUGUGCCCGUAAUAGCAAAAGCCGAUGUACUUACCAAGAAAGAAGUGUUGCGUUUGAAAAAACGCGUAAUGGAAGAAAUCGAGGGCAGUGGAAUAAAGAUCUAUCCGUUGCCCGAUUGCGACAGCGACGAGGAUGAGGAUUAUAAAGAACAGGUCAGGCAGUUAAAGGAAGCUGUGCCUUUUGCUGUUUGUGGUGCAAAUACGCUUUUGGAAGUCAAGGGAAAAAAAGUUCGGGGACGAUUGUAUCCGUGGGGAGUUGUUGAAGUAGAAAAUCCAGAUCAUUGUGAUUUUAUCAAGCUUAGAACUAUGCUUAUUACACACAUGCAAGAUUUGCAAGAGGUGACUCAGGAAGUCCACUACGAGAAUUAUCGGAGUGAAAGAUUGGCGAAAGGCGCACCUGUCCCUCCGCGCAGACAGACUAUCGUCGAGAAUGAGAAGUCAGGUGCUGGCUCAGAGAAAGAUCGAAUCUUGCAAGAGAAGGAAGCAGAAUUACGAAGAAUGCAGGAAAUGCUUGCGGCCAUGCAAGCCCAGAUGCAACAGCAACAACCUUAAUUGCGAUUUUUUUUUAAAUGUCUUCACCUUGCCAGGUGCCAAUAACCGACCUCCGCGUGCAUCGACUUUGAGGAGAACUUUAUCAUUUCAGCUGCAUUGUCUCAGGUGUCUUUUCCAAAAUCAAGAGUUCUUGAUCGUGGAAACCUAGAUUGACUCACAAUUAGAGAAGUCGGUGAUAUUUUUGUACCUCAGUACUUGUUAAACUGGAACUCGUAACCUCAGCAACAAACAUGACAAGCGAUGAUUGAAACGUUCUCUGAGUACCGAUCGAAAACUCACAUAAAAAUGAGAAAAGUGCCUUGCAAUUUAUACUCUUUUCCUGAAUAGUGUCGUUUCAGUCUCGCAUCUAUAGGUCGCAGGAUUUCACCAAUUGCUGGAGUAUUUUUUUAUUUUUAAAGGAGAGCCAACUUGUAUCGUGCCCGCAAUAUUCUCUAUCAAUUCAAAAGCAAUUUUAAGUCGGAAGCGGGAGAGAAUUGAAUACGUUUUUAAAUACUGUGAACAGUCACACCUGUGAAAUCUAUCGAGUAAGCAUAAUUUCUGUUGAUAGAACACGUAAGAUUUGUAUAUAAAAAGAAAUCCAUUUUCAAUUCAAUAUCUAGAGGAGAAUUAGAUUUCGCAGGUCUGAAGUAACAAGAAAAAUUCCAAAUGCCCCAAUUCUUCCAAUUACUUCCAAACGAAUAAAGUAAUUUUAUAAGUUUCGUAAUUAAUCUUAAGAAUAAAGACUAUUUUACAAACUACUUUUUAAUAAUAAUACACGAGAGUAUAUGUCUUAUAUUUUUGAAAGUCUGUCUAUUUUAUUGUACGCACUUUAUAUUUUUUCACAAAAUAACCAUAAUUUAAUAACGUUUUGCUAUGAGAUUAAAACAGUUUUUAUGCAUACAUCUCAGUUUUUCUUACGUAUAAUUUACAGGGGAAGAUCAGUUAGUGUGUUUUUUGUUUAGAUUCAUAAUUUUAGUCAAGAAACCCCCAAACUAAAGUUGUGAAAUUCCCGAGACCCAAUAUGUUUCUUUAAUUCUCUUGUAAAGUUAUGUAAAUAUAAAAAUUGUUGACACUUGUUUUCAACGUUAAACUCGCUUUUCCAUUCUUUGAAAAGGCGACUUUUCUAUUGAAAACAAGUCUUUAUAUUUACGUAAUUUAAUGCAAUUUAAUAAUAAAAAAUUCAGCUAUGUAUCUCGAAAAUGGCUAAAUAUUGGGUUAUGAAAAUUCAACCAUUUUAAUAUGGAGUCAUGAACUUUCUUCGCAAAAAUGUAGAAUCCCAUUAAAAACACAUUACCUGGUCUUCCUCUGUUAGUCGAUUCAACUGCGAAGCCAAGUCCAGCUGCGUUCUUUUUAUUUCUGUAUUAUGUGAUAGGGAAGGUCGAUAAAUCCAAAGACUAUAGAAGUUAUCGAGCAAGAUUUGAUUUUUCUUUCUUAGAAAUGUACUUAUUUGAGGUAACUUUUAACGGGUACGACUGAUGAAACCGAAUGCUUCAAGAAUUAAAACCUUUUCUGUGUGCCUAUACUGUGAAAAUUAUAUGGUAUUUUAAAAAUACCAUGUAACCCAUAGAGGAAAAAAUUGCAGCAACGAAAUGUAAUAUUAUGUAAACUUUUUACAGUAUAUAUUCAGUUCAUUAAGAGUGCAUAUAGUAGUCUAUCGCAGUAGAAAAUGCGGCGAAACCCGCAGCUCCGACCAAACCAGCUUUCACACCCGCUGAAAAUGAUUGAAAAAUUAGCGCCCGAGACAAUCGGUCUAACAUAUCCAAAAAUCAUUUUUUUAAGUGCCGCUCCUAAUAUUUCCUUUUAUUGAAUAAAGGAAUUGUACGGUAUCUGUAUACUAAAGCUUUUGUACAAGAAAACAGAAUAAGUUAAUCAUAAGUAAAAUUGUAAGAAAUUUUAUUAAAAUUUUGUACUUUAGAAGAAUAAAAAAAAUAAAAUCCUACACUUAAAUUAUAAGGAUUCUGCAUUAAGUAUUUUGUAUUUGAAAUUAGGCAUUUCUUAGUUCAAAAACAUCAAUAAAUUCAAGAGAUUUAGAGGUGAUAAGAUGAAUGAUCUUACAUUUUUUUUUAAAUGUUGCGAAAUUUUUACACGAGAAGGAAUUAAUACGGCACUUAAAAAAUAUUAAUCAUAAUAUCCCAGGUACCUCUUAAUCCUAUUAGGCCUCCGGUUACUCCACCGGCGUAAGUGCCAUUUCUCCAAUCUGACUUGCCUCGAUACUGAAAUUUCGUAAUAAAUAUUACUAUUAAGAAUUAUUUUUUAACUGAGAAAUCCGCAUCUACGCAUCAAUUUAUGUGCAAUGUAAAAUCCAUAUUAUGACUUAUGAC